AUGCCCAACGCAGCUAAUACUGGCCCUGGUUACCCAGAGGGCUAUCAAUCCGCGAGCGGAGACCUCGCUACCAUCAUCAACAACAGCGUCGCGACAGGCUUUUUCAAGUGGGGUUUCGUGAUUCUGCGAGGCGUGUACGACAACGAUGACGAGUGGCAGACUUUUCUCAACCUCUUCAAGGCAGCGAUCGCUGACGAGCUCCACGACUCGAAGCUAGAAGACCAGCUCGGCCCUCAUCUCGAAUGGACAGUUAUUGAGGAUCGCACGGCUCUGGAGAGUGCGUCCAAGGCUACUGUGCGGACGCGAUUCCUCGCGUGGGUGGAGGAACAGAAACGCGAUGGUGAAAUAGCGGACAGGCCUUGGGCUGCAGGUUAUCUCCCUCGGUACAAGUUCUGUCUAUACGUCGACGAGGUCUGCAUCAAGAGUAUCGUAGCGAGAUUACACGGGGGGAAGUUGAUAGGAUUUCAGUGGUGUUUGAGUAGCACAGGAAGUGUCGUUAUCGUCAAUGGCCUGCAUCAAGAUUAUACGCCAGAAGAAAAGGACGACGCAGACGAUGAUGAAGAGGAGGACGACGACGAAGGCUACAUGGAAGUUGAUGGUACAACUCAUUACGAUGUUGGCUGGGCGUAUAUUGGGGUGCUUGGCUAUGCGGAGUUAUACUCGAACCUGGGCUCUGGCGGCUCGCACGGUCAGAUUUGGGACGGUAUGGUGUAUCGGGGCCGUCGCCCUGAACGAGAUCCCGAGCCCGAUUACGACUACGGCCGUCCAUUGUCUGAAGUAGAACGUGGUGCGAAAUACGGGCAACGCAUUAAGAAAUAA